AUGGGCAGGUCCAUCUGGCGAAUUUUUUUUAAUGAGAAAAAAGCACGAGGCUCACCUGAUGGUGAGUGGUCACCGCCGCCCAUGGCGACACCUGCAACACCAGAGGGCUCACAAAUGCGUUUAGGAAAUGUCCGCGACAAACGACGGCGAUGUCCGCGACCUGUGACUGGUUUGAAGUGGCGGCACUCGAGCAAGCCACUUCGAUACGGGCGAACGUCGUAUAGCGCGCUCACUACACCGAGGUGCCAUGCCCAUGGCACCGCGCACCCACCCCCUCGCAGGGCUAUGGAGACCCUCCUCGACAGGUUCAAGAGGGAGCAGGGAGGCCUGCGACGCACCAGAUCCGUCCGCGCGUCCCUGCGACUGAUCGGCAACCGCUGGCGCUCCGGCAAGGAGGAAGCGGAAGCAAUAGAGAUCAAACGCGACGUCCUGCUCACGCACCUUUGGAGCGAGAGGGACUGCAGCGUCGCAUACACCGGCCUAGAGGGCACGUACAAGCCGAAGACACCGCUAAUGGCGAAACGGAAACCGGAGCCCGCGAAGCAGAGGCGGAAGAGCGGCAACGUCGACCUGAACCUCAAACCGCAGAAAAAAGCCGAGAAGGCGAAGUUCAGCGAUCUCUUCCUGAACAAGAAACAGAAGAGCGUGUCAGCUAAGGAGCUGCUGGUGCCGGAGAGGGUGCCGCCGAAAGCGGCUGCGAUACUGCAUAUCAACUCGCCGAGUAAAGAUAGAGGCAGGAGGAAGUUGAAGGGCGUCGGCAAGUCGGAGUCGGCCGCGUCGAUUACGGAUCUGACUGCGCCGAGACGCACGAGACGGGGCUCUGAGAGCGAGGUCGGCGCCACACAAGCUGCGGGCUGCGUGAACCACGCGUUUGUGUACAGCACGCCGCCUAAGGAGAGGAGACAACCUCUGACGCCGUCCCAUCUCAAGCUCCAGUACGGCGGGCUCCUCGACGGCUGCGGCGGGGAGCUGCCGUCGCUGAGCGCGUGCGCCCCUCACCCGCAGCACGCGGACAAGGCGCGCCGGCAGCAGAGGGACGCCCGCGCCCACGAGGAGGGGGGGGGCCAAGUUAAUAUCCACCUGCAGGCACUAUUCGCGGCAGUCGAACAUGGCUAUCUGGACAAGGCGCGCAACAUCCUCGAAUCUACUGAUGUCGACGUCAACAGCGUCAACCCGGACGGCCUGUCGCCGCUGGACGUGGCGGUGCUGGCGAACAACAGACCACUCGCCAGGAUGCUCAUGGAGUUCGGCGCGAAGGAGGGCGCCCAAUUCAAAUCGCCAGAAUCCCUCGGUGCCCAUUUGAGGAGGCUGCUACGAGAAGCAGAGUCGCGCCUACAUGAAGUCGCUGGAUGCCCCCCGGAGAGGGUGUGCCGUGAAGAUAACUGCACCAGAUCUCUGGCGGGCGGUCAAGGGGGCACCACCGGCUGCGCGGGGGGAACGGGCUCGGAGAAGGACAAACAGGCGCAGCAUUGGGAGAGGCGGUUGCGGACUCUCAAGCGGCUGGUGAGCGGGUGGCAGCAGGCGAGGUUGCCCGCGCCCCCCGCACCCCCCGACCUCGAGGUCUGCGGCGCCCACGCGGUGGCAGUCGCCCUGCGGGAACCGCGCCCCCCUCACCCCUCCACCCAACCCAUACACCCCUCUCACCCGGCGCAGCGAGACUCACCCAUCGUCACAAAAUACAAAGUGGAAUGGUCCUCGCGGGCGGACUUCUCGAACGUGUGCGGGUCCCGCGAGGUGGCGGGAGGGGGGGGAGGGGUCAAAGUGCUCGCCGCCGGCCUCACACGGGGACGGCGCUACUUCUUCCGCGCGGCCGCCGGCAACCUCAAGGGAUGGGGCCCCUUCACGGUCUCCGUACCGAGGAGCGUCGUGCCCAGCAGUUGGCGCGACGUGUCCGGGAGGGGGGCCAGGGUGGCCAGGGGGCCGGGGGGAGGGGCGGCCGAGGCGCUGGAGGCUCUGGGCAGGGCGGCGGCGGGGGCGCGACUCCGCCCCCCCGCCCCGCCCCGCGCCCCCCGCAAGAAGACCGCCACCAUACGCCAGCUGUUCACAGCCGCCAGCAAGUUCCAGAAGAACCUGCGCAGGGGAGUGUACCUGGCGUGCGUGGUGUACCACGAGGACAAGGUGCUGGUCACCAGCGAGGACUUCCUGCCCGUUAUCGAAGUGGACGAAACCUAUCCAGCCUGCAUCUACACAGACUUCCACUGGCUGAUGAAGGUAUCUUGUGCAUGGGACGACGUCAAGUCUCUCCGCUCCGACAUGGAGAAGCACACAUCUUCCUCCAUACACUUCAGGCUGAAACUGCUCACGGCCGCCGCUCAGAUGCAGUCCGCCCUCGGAAUACAGGACCUGGGGCAGCUGUACCACAAGCCGCUGCGCGACGCGCACGGCACGGUGGUGAUGUCGUGCGUGCGCGGCGUCCGCUCCGCUAAGGCGCUGUCCGCGCUCAACUCGCGCUGGGCGCCCGCCGCCCGCCUCCGCCGGCGCGUGCUCAGCGACGACAACACGAUGGCCGAGCUGCUGAUGGCCUCCGUUCACGACCAGGUCGCCUACCACCAGGUGUCGCGCGUGCAGCUGCCCCGCGGUCUCUACCUCGGCUACCUGAAGCUGCAGUCGUCCGUCGAAGUAGUGCGCAUCGUCGCUCCCGCUCGCACCCCCAACGUGCCCCCGCACACCAGAGUGAGAGAGAACCCACACGUCUCCGCGGAGGAAUGGGACUACCUGCUCAGUCAAUCGGGCAGAGCAUCGACGGAGGAACAGCAAACGAUAAACAAUAUAAGCGCGUUGAACUCCGACGAGAAGCCGUCAGAAUCUCAGGGAAUGUUCCUCGACCAGAUAUCGAACGCCGCUCGGAGGCUCUUCAAGGAGAUGGAAAUACCCGUUGAGACGGUCGACGCCCACCGGAUAUACGACCUCGAGGUCAUAGAGCUAAACAACGACGUCAGUUUCAUAAUGGUCUGCCCCCCUGCCGAACAGGCGUGCUCCGUACCCGGCCAGAAGGAGAUACUGCUGCAGAAAGGCGACCUACUCAGCCUCCCGAUCCAGGCGUUCGAGAUGAUCCACCUGCAAACGUACCACACGAGCAUCCUGAACAAAUACUCGAAGCUCAGCUGCGUGCUGGAGCUGGACGUGGCGCUGGCCGCCCACUCGCACCGGGAGGCGUUCUCUUGCACCGAACUUCAGACCGCGAAGGAGAGGCUCGCGAAGCUAGAGGACCUGCAGAACAACCUGAACAUCGUGUGGAAAGGGGAGCGCUGGCUAAUGGACCUCAUUGGCUUCGCGAGGGACAAGGACAAAGCGGGCACCAGCUCGGGGGUGCUCCUGAAGCGCGUGCUCGAGAGCAACCCGUCGCCUCCGCGCGCCAGCCCGGAAGCGGAAGCGCCUGACUCGAACCUGAAAGUGGACCUGCUGCAGAUACCGUCGAGGGACGGGAAGAUCACCAAGGCGUCCCCCGGGAGGGGCUCGUGGCCGGGCCCCGCCGGGAACGGAGGCCACGCCCACCUGCACCCGGAGCUCAGCAAGUCUGAGCAGCAGCUGAGCCACGGGCCGCGCCACGCCGCCUCCACGCUCGACCUCAGCUCGCAGUACCUGAGCGCCGAGGCCAACCGCGCCAGGAAGGGCAGCGGCGACUCCCAGUUCACCCAGUCGAGCGCCGCCAGCAGCAACUGCUUGAGCGGCAACCCCCAGUUCGAUCCCUCGGGCCACCGCCUCCCGCCGUCCAGGAGCGAGGACACGCUGGUGCUGAGCGACGCCGCCGAGCCGAAGCCGCGGCCGCACAGCGUGAACAACUCCUCGACGACGUCCAGCCCGCUGCUGGCGGGCAAAGGGUUCUACCCGGGAAGCAUGGUCAGCGUGAGGGCCGCGAAGAACCCCUCCGAGUCCGCCCAAAGCCUGUCCAGCGACAGCGAGAGCCAGAGCUGCCUCUCCGCCCCGUUGAAGCCCCGCCCCUCGCCCAACCGCUCGCCCUGCAGCGUGACCGCCUCGAAGAGCAUGACCAACGUCAAAUCCGACGUCGACUACACCGACACCGGCCAGGAGCUGACGCAGAAGACGAGCCUGUGCAUCAAACGGCAGCCGCUGCUGGAGAGACUCGAGGACUUCGAGUGCAGCAAAGUAGCCAAGACAGAAGAGUGCAGCGCGGGAGACGUGAAGCCCACGGAGCAGCGAACGCCCGACCACGCGGGAAUACUCCAGGUGUUCGCCGCCUACGAGACCGGCUUAGCGGCGGGGACGUCCCUCAAGCUGCACGUCACGCCGCGCACCACCGCGCGCGAGGUCAUCGACCUCGUGGUGAAGCAGCUCAACAUGGCGGCCGUGCUGAAAGGCAGGCCGGGGCCGGUGUACGGGCCGGAGCGGCUGCGCGACUUCUGCCUGGUGGCGGUGAUAGGCGCGCGCGAGCGGUGCCUCCGCGACGACUUCCGCCCGCUGCAGCUGCAGAACCCCUGGCGCAGGGGCAGGCUGUACGUGCGGCUGAAGCACGACGUGCUGGCCGCGAUACAGCACUCGGCCAAACAGCCCGCCUUCAUA